UUAUUUUCAUUCAUUGUGAACGAUGCGAUAACAAGUUUUCAUUGUAAAACUAUAAUGUUUUACACAAUAGAAAGAACACUCCCUUCAAUGUGGAAGGAACAUAACCUUAUGAUUCUGGUGAUUCUUUGUAUGCAGACAUUGCGUAAAUGGCUGCGUGAUGGAGUUUUACCACAUUUUAUCAUUCCAGAUGUAAAUUUGUUUGACGGUAAGAUAACUAGAAGGCAGCAGAUAAGGCUUUUGCAAUAUGUGGAUUCCAUGAUUAAAAACAACUUGCAGGAUAUAUUUCUUAUUGACAUAGAUAACUUUGGUCAGCUUCUAUGUGCAGGUAGUCUUUAUGACAUCGGACAUGGUCGAGAAGUUGGUCGUUCUUUAAACAAAGGUAUAUAUUUACUGUUGGAGUUUAAUCGUGUUAAACAGUUGCUUAACCGACUCACCGCAUAUAGUGGAGAGCAUUUAUUGGUAAAAACUGAACACAAUAUUAUACGUUCUCUACUUACUUUAUUUGGCCUCUGCAAGAAUCCCAGUUUAAAACCUGUUGCGCUGGAAAUAACAGAACACCUUUACGCAAUACGAACUUCACUUAGAACUUCAACGUCCAUAAGGUCAGGACGUUUAUGUUUCGGCGAUAUUUUAGCAUGUUUUCAAUACUCUUUACGCACAGAUGUAGCCUCAACACGCCUUAAAAUGGCGUCUGCUUUAUACUGCGGAGGGCAUCUGCGUUCAGCAGCUGUUGUGUUGGAGGACGUGGAGAGGAGGUACCACAUUAAUGUCAAGGCUGUCUGUGCAGUGAGAUGUCAACCAAGUGACAGCGAUCUCCAGAUGUUUGCUAAAACGAUGCUAGAUCAUUGUGACAGAAGCUUAAGUGAACCACCUUUCGCAUUUUGUGUCAAGUUUCUUAGACAAGAAAUGAGCUGCGCCCCGUUUAUAUUGUGGUUUGAAAUGAUUCGUAACAUGACUGAAGAGGAAGUUGCACAGAGAAAUUACACCGAGAAACAAUGGAUGGACUAUGCCGAGGUUGAUGCUCGUUCUUUCCUACACUAUCUACAGUAUCUCACGUAUGGGGGACUCGGUGAACGUAAAAGACAGUUACAAGCAUUGGACGAGCUUGGGUUGUACGUAUGUGAAACAGGGCACCAAAACAACCAAUACAACAUGUAUCAUCACGAGACAGCAAUCAACUUGCUUGGUCAUUGCUAUGAAAUGGAAAGACACUAUAAAGGGGCUUUGCAUUACUACGAGACAUCGCUACGUAGGUGCAAAAUAAAUAAUGCUGCUAAUUGGCACCUCAGGCGUGUUUUGAGUCUUAUAUGCGGAUAAACGAAACAACAAGUGACAUCAGACGGACAUUUUGAAAAGGCAUUUCAUGUGUACAUACGGAUCAUUUGAUCAGUUGGUACACUCUUUAUCUUGUAUCAUUUUAAUAAUUCUAAGCAAUAGUACUGAACUUUGUACGCAUAUUACAUUAGCAUUAAUCGGACCGUCCUAAAUAAACAUAUCGGGAUAUUUCGUAAUCGGUUUUUAAUAGCUCUUUUCUGAUAUAAUGCAUUUAAGCGCUCGAAUUAUUAAAUAAGCUUUAUUGAUUAUCAAAACAUGACUUUUGUUUAUUUAAAACGAUCUAUUUUUAUCAUGGAUAAUCCAGUAUGGACGAGCCUGGCGUCGUGGGACGUAAAUAGACGUGCAACACAACCCAAUUUUGAGAACCAAAUGGGUACAGUUCGCACGGCUGUGAUAUGCAUAUUUAAAUUUGUCUUCAUGUAAUAACAGACGAAUAAUGGCAUUCUAUUUUUUACCCAAUACGAGAAAGUUUUCUGUACUUCGUUAAGAAUUACGUUACGUGUAUACAACUAGUAAAUUAAUCAACAACGUCGAUCAUGAGCAUUUGUUCCCACCCAACUAACAUGUUAUAUGUAAUUGUUUAGUAAAGUAAGUUUUAUGAUAUUUACUUUUGGCAAAUUCUUUAUAUGUGUUUUGAUAUUCAUUAACUAUAAGUGACUAGCAUGUCUUUUGUUCUUGAUUGUUCUACUUUUAAUACAACGUCCGGAAAAUAGCGUAAAACAGGCUUUGCUUUUAAAUAUUGCUUACGCGCACAACGACUUGCUUUACAAUCUGCUUUAAUAAAAGAAAACAGAAUAUAACAUUCCAAGUUCAAAAUGUCAUCGUUUGAUUCGCGUACAAUUGAUAUCCCAAAUAUUUUUUUUUCCCGCAAAAUAAUCGGUUACUAUUAAAUUUAAUACAGUAAUUUUACAAGUGUUGUUGAAUGACGUAAUCAACUUCUUACAUUCAUGUCGACUUAUGUUAUUAUAACCAUGUAUAUGUUUAUUAACUUAUACGUGUAGGUCUAGAUUAACCAUAUUGUUAGACAUGAAGGCCACAUUGUUUGGAAGAUAUAUAUUGUUUUAAAAAAGUUUACUAACCUGUUUUUUAUGAAAUAUAAAUAUUAAUAUAGUAAUAUGCUAACAAUAAAAAGUGUUUCAUUAA